AUGUCAUCGGCUACACAAUUAGGAAUUUCAGAAAGAGAGUAUGAAGAAGCAUUAGCUGUGGAAAAAUUAUUUUUUUUAUCAUCUAGAGAAAGAUGCCAUUAUUGUAAUAAUGGAAAGCCCACUUUUGUUGAUACAUACAAUUAUGAAUUUUUAUGUGAUAAAUGUUCUUAUAGAAGUAAACACAAAAAAAAGAUAGGAGAGGAUUCAAUAAGUUAUUAUGAUGUUCAGAAAUUAGAAAAAAAAUUCGGAAUUUCGGGAAAUAAACAUCAUAACAAACAUCACCGAAAGUCUUCAUAUAAUCAUGAAAAAAGAUCAAGAUCAAAAUCAAAAAGUAGACGUUCAAGUAAGAAACAUGCUGAUGUAACAUCUGAUAGUUCAGUUUCAGAAUAUGAAAAAAUGAAGAAGGAAAAGAAAAAAAAAAAAAAAAAAGAAAAAGAAAAAGAAAAACAUAAAGAAAAAUCUAAAAAAAAAAAAAAAAAUGAGGAGACAGAUGAUGAUUUUGAUGAUUUUAGUUUUAAUGAUUAUGAUAAUUCAACACCGGGUAUGAUAGGAAUUAUGAAUUCAAAUAAUAUUAAUAAUUCUGACUAUAAAAAAAAUAUAGAUAAUUUUAAUGAUUUCGAUACCAUUCAUUCAAAUAAUAAAAAAAUGAAUCAAGCAAGUUUCAAUGAUUUUAAUAAAGGGAAUAACAUGAAUCAAAUACAGUUUGAUAAUUUUCCAAAAAAUAAUUUGAAUACAAAGUUUAUUAGUACACAGAAUAGUCACCAAAUAAAUAGCAAUCCGUUAUGUGUGGAUGACUUUAACGCUAUUCAUUUUAACAAAUUGAAUUUUCCCAAUCAUUUUAGCAUGAAAUUAAACGAAGAAAAUGAAUUAAAUAAAAUGAAAUACAAUAAGAUAAAUAUGCAAUCAUAUGGUCCGUUUGAUAAUAAUAUUAAUAGACAGAACACAAUGGAUAAUAUAAAUUGUUUUAAUAAUUCUAAUUUUCCUAAUGAUUACAAUACUAUGAAUAAUUUAUAUUUAUUAAAUAAAAGAAAUUUAUUAAAUAAUCAGUAUGCUGCAAGUAAUUCUAAUUCUUUAUAUAAUCAAUAUUUAUUAAAAAAUCCAUAUGCAUUUAACAAUCAGAACAAAAUGAAUUCAAUAAAUAAUUUUGAUAAUAACAUGGGUAAUAAAAACUUAAUUUUUCCUAAUUCAAAAAAAUGUCCAUUUUUAUUAAACAGCAAUUUGAACAAAGCAAAUAAUAGCACGCUCGCUUCUAAUAAUAUGAACUUUUUAAGUUAUUGUAAGCAAAAUAAUACCAAUGAAUUAAAAAAAAUUCAUGAUAUUUAUAAUUCCGAUUUUUCUCCAGUUAUUGUAUCUGAUAAAAAUCCUUUUUCUCUGCAAAAUUUAAUUUAUAAUGGAAAUAUUAAAAAUUCAUAUAAUGCAUUUAAUUCUAUACCAAAUAAUUUUAAUAACAACUUAAACAUAAAUAGAAAUUUAUAUAAGCCAAUGAGUUAUCCUGUAUUUGAGUCUGAUAGGAGAUUUUAA